UCCGGGCUUGUCAAUCAAACAUAUUCCCUUAUUUACCUCGGCGAGGAGAGAGCCCCGGGAGCACACGGAGCGGGAGGGAGCGAGAGGAGAGGCACUUGCAGCGAACUCGGCGCCGGGGAGGGAGCGCUCCCAGCCCCGCGGCAUGGCCACCAUCACCUGCAAUCGCUUCACCGAGGAAUACCAGCUCUUCGAAGAACUGGGCAAGGGCGCUUUCUCCAUCGUCCGGAGAUGCGUGAAGGUGUUGGCAGGACAAGAGUAUGCAGCCAAAAUCAUCAACACCAAGAAGCUGUCUGCCCGAGAUCACCAGAAGCUGGAGCGAGAAGCUCGGAUCUGCCGUCUCCUGAAGCACCCCAACAUCGUGAGGCUCCAUGACAGCAUCUCCGAAGAGGGUCACCACUACCUGAUAUUUGACCUGGUCACAGGCGGGGAGCUGUUUGAGGACAUCGUGGCCAGAGAGUACUACAGCGAAGCAGACGCCAGCCACUGCAUCCAGCAGAUCCUGGAAGCUGUCCUGCAUUGCCACCAGAUGGGAGUGGUACAUCGGGAUCUGAAGCCAGAGAACCUGCUGCUGGCAUCUAAGCUGAAGGGAGCAGCCGUCAAGCUAGCUGACUUCGGCCUUGCCAUUGAGGUGGAGGGGGACCAGCAAGCAUGGUUUGGUUUUGCUGGCACUCCAGGAUACCUGUCCCCAGAAGUGCUUCGGAAGGAUCCCUAUGGCAAAGCCGUGGACCUGUGGGCUUGUGGAGUCAUCCUCUACAUCCUGCUGGUUGGCUACCCUCCCUUUUGGGAUGAAGAUCAGCAUCGCCUCUAUCAGCAGAUCAAGGCCGGGGCCUAUGAUUUCCCCUCCCCUGAGUGGGACACGGUCACUCCUGAAGCAAAAGAUCUCAUCAACAAGAUGUUAACCAUAAACCCAUCCAAGCGCAUCACAGCAGCAGAGGCUCUGAAGCACCCCUGGAUAUCGCACCGUGCUACCGUGGCAUCAUGCAUGCACAGGCAGGAGACUGUGGACUGUCUGAAGAAGUUCAAUGCCCGGAGGAAGCUGAAGGGAGCAAUCCUCACCACCAUGCUGGCGACACGCAACUUCUCCGGAGGCAAAAGCGGUGGCAACAAGAAGAAUGACGGCGUGAAGAAAAGAAAGUCCAGUUCCAGCGUUCAGUUAAUGGAAUCGUCGGAGAGCACUAACACCACCAUUGAAGAUGAAGACACCAAAGUACGGAAGCAAGAAAUCAUUAAAGUAACGGAGCAGCUGAUUGAAGCAAUAAGCAAUGGUGACUUUGAGUCCUACACGAAGAUGUGUGACCCUGGAAUGACUGCUUUUGAGCCUGAGGCUCUGGGAAACCUCGUGGAAGGCUUGGAUUUCCAUCGAUUCUACUUUGAAAACCUGUGGUCCCGGAACAGCAAGCCUGUGCACACAACAAUCCUGAACCCCCACAUCCACCUGAUGGGAGAUGAGUCUGCCUGCAUCGCCUACAUCCGCAUCACACAGUACGUUGAUGCAGGAGGGAUCCCCCGCACCGCCCAGUCGGAGGAGACCCGCAUCUGGCACCGCCGGGAUGGCAAAUGGCAAAUUGUCCACUUCCACAGAUCUGGCGCUCCCUCCGUCCUACCGCAGUAAGCCCUUUGAAGUGUGGGCCAGCCUAUGUCAGGUUUGUCACUGACUCGCUACCAAGGGGAGAUCCACUCCAACUCUUCACCUAUGGGACUUUGGCUGUUGGCUCUGCUGCUUGGUUCCUGCUGGAAUUCCUCUCGCUUAUCACCACGAACAUGCAAUGGCCCCACCGACAUGACACAUGCAUUGAAUCAACCCCCUCCAUCCCACCCUUUGCAGCCAGCCCCAUCAGGGCCUUUGCACUGGGCCCUCUUUCUCUGCAUGAAAGAAAAGAAGAGAAGCUGUAAACAAAAAACCCUAUCAUUUGGCCAGCGAGAAGAAUCAUGCCUGGGGUAAAGGCCUUCACCCACCACUGCAUGGCAUUCCUGGGCUCCUGCACAUCCUCACAACCCAGCAUGUCUCAUGAAAUGGGACAGGACUUGCCAUCUAUCUCCAUCCCCACCUCUGCUGAAAGCCUCAGAGGCCCCCAAGAAAGAGGAGUGCACGGAGGCAGUUUGGAGCCACUUCAUGCUGGUUGGGACUUGGGUGACCCUCUCUCAGCACCAGUGGAUUUUGUCUCACUAUCACCAUGCUCACAUACCCAAUGCCAUCACUCCCACCUGCUCCCGCCUUGGACUCUCCUCAACUCGAGCUCUCGCUUCUUGGCAGCCUCAACUGAGGAAUCUCAUUUUAAAUCAUUUGCAAAGUUCAGCUUCCAGGCAUCUCUGGAUGAGGAGGCAUUUAUUUGGAUGGGUGAGUAAAGGCUGUCUUUUAUUUUAUCUUCCCAGGAGUGUAGGCUGGCUCCUCCCCAGGAGGGUGAGCAUGUUUGUGCCCUUGACUUGGGCAGCUGAUGUGCCGAUAGACAGUGUGCUGUCCGAGCGGGGGCACUCUCCCUCCUUCCUCCCUUCUCCCUUGGGAGCAGGGACUGGAGAAGCUGGGAGAAGAGAGGAAGAGUAUGCAACCGCUUCCCGGCGCUGCAUCAGCCCAGCGAAGGAACCGGUGGCCACGGGAGCGGAGAGCUCAGCUCUCCGAGCGGCAGCCAGGCAUCACCAUGAGGAUGGGCUUGGCACGGUAGCAGGCUCUCCUCCACGUACAUCGCUCCCUGUACCCUCCUGUCCACCCGGCAUCCUUUACCCCCAGCUGACUUGGCACCCAGCUUUUGUCCCCACCGAGCACCAACCUCUGCCCCUCGCAUGCAGCACUUGGACCUUCUCCCAGCACCCCGAACCCGAGCACCGUGGCCCUCGCCGUAGUGCUGGAAAUGCUGGUGCUAAGGCAGCCAAGCUGGCCACCCAUUCGAGACAUAAAACGUCAUCGCCCACGCGACACCUUCCAGCAAAGACGAGGAAUGCAAGCUUUAGUAAUAAAACUCUGCAGAAUCUGAUCAUGCUUUGAAGAAACAAACAAGCCUUUAGCUAUCUCUUCUACUUUGAGCGCAUGCCUUUUUAUAGGAAAAAGAAAACAACCUACUGUGUAUUUCGUAACUUGAUUUUGAGUAUUUGCUGACAUGGAUCUUUAUGUAAUAACUAGAAACAUUCUUUAUGUAAUAACUAGAAACUGUUUGGGGCAGGGGGGCGGGGGGUUUUGGGGAGUUGCUGUUUUUUGUUUCGUUUGCCUUUGGAGUGGGGUUGUAAUGAAGUGCCGUUCCUAAUGGGACCCCACGGCCGCAUCCCAGGGGCCGAGCAGUGGAGCUGCCCCAAGCUGGGUCUCCCACCCUGUGCCCCACAGGUGGCCGUGGCGGUGGCGAGGCCACCGUGGCUCGUUCCAGUUGCCUUGGCCAGGCGAAGGCAGCAGCCUCCUGGGCACGGCCAUGUCCCCAGGAGCCCUUUCCAGGCCCACGCGGAUUUUCCUGAAUGGCAAAGCCAGGCAGCAGUUCUUUGGGAGCCAUCAGCAUGUGGUUUUCGGGAUAGAAGACAGGGCCGGAAUGGAGAAUUUUGGUAUCACCUCUUUGCCUUCAGGUAGAGGUGCGAGAGGCGUGAGGGUGGUUAUUUUUCUGGUAAUCCUUCCGUUUCUUGUUCUCUUUUUUCCAACUGGAACUUUUUUGCUCGUUGAUGUGAGAUUACUGCAGUGCACUGCUGCCACUAGGGGACUUUCUAACUGCACUCUCUUCAUCUGCAUGGCGUUUAACUUUCUAAACGGUGCGUGUAUUGAAAAACAAAGAAAUGAACAAAAAACGCUUGUUUCGGACAUAAAGAGGAAAAAAAAGAAAAAAAAAAAGGAAAUGUUUUCUCCAUGUAAAUUCUGACUGUGUAUUUUGCCUUUUCUGUGGUUUUGAAUGCUUUGCUCUCUGUCUAGGCAGGGGCGGCUGCCUCACGAAACAGAGCCACAUUCUUGCGGACUGCAAAAAUAUUUUCCCACUGGAUUGAGGGGAAGAAAUCCAAACUGUCAGGGCAUUAACAGUCUCAGAGUUGUUCAGCAUGUCCCACUGUGCAGGGUGGGGUGGGGGCUAUCAUUGCUGGGGAUGUGUGUAGCAGAUGCCUUCUGGGGGGAAAUCAUACAGGUUCUCCAUAGGCACAAAUAUGUCUCCCUGGGACCUUGGCAGACCUGUGCUCUUUGACAGUGGAGCUGCACUGGCUUAAGCAGGAAAAACCAUGCAGGGAGAGGAUUAGCUUUUAAGAUAGAGUCUGGGUGUUUUUAUGAAUCUCUUUUUCUUCCUGUAGUCACAUAGUGCUGAAGUUUUUUCAUUUUUAGAGGAAGGAUUCAGCUCUUAUAUAGUUCACUCUCCUUCUCUCCCAAGUUGUCUGUGAAGCCAGCCAUGGCGAGUGUCUUGUCCCCAUCUUGAUGCCCAGGUUCUCUGGGUGUUGGAAGUAUUUUGGAUGAUCGAUGGGAGAUGGAUGAGGAAGGAGGUGGCCAUGCCGCUGUGGCCGGUACUCUCCCUUUGUGCUCACAGCGUGGCUCUGAGUUGUGCUGCAGGGCAGAUCUGACUUCAGCCUGUUUUUAGAGCUGCUGAUAGCUCUGUGCUCAGAUGGGCCAUGAGGGUGAAACUGCUUCAACAACCACAGCUGGAAAGAGGCUGGCCUGGGAAAGGAGGUACGGUGGGGUGACAGGGAUGACAGAUGAAAUGCUGGGGUAGAUCCAGUCUCCUUUCACUGAGAGUCCUCUUUGGGCGGUCACUGCCAGGGGAACAUCUCAGUUUCCGGAGUGGCUUUGAGCUGUCAUCUUAGAGGUGAUUUCUCCUUCUUGAGGCUUCCCUAUGGUCAUCUCUCCAGGGACAGGUUCCCCUGGAGGCAGCUGGAUGUCCUUGCAACACCCAAGAUGUUCCAGAUCAAUUCAAAAGGAAGCAGAGCCUGAAGUUUCAACUCUUUUUAGUCUUCCAGUCAAGGCGAAGUCUGACCCAGGAAGACUUGACUUUCCACCAUCUGCCCACACUGGCAGCAUUAAGCACCUGCACUUUAGGGGUCUGUUCUGCCUGCUUUCUCUCCCUACCUUGCCCUGGUUCUCCAGAGCACAUUUCUGUAUCCCCAGAGCAUCUCUGAGCAAGCACUGAAUAAGCCACCAUCCUUUCUUUUAGUAGCCAUGAUGAACAGCUUCUGUCUCUGUCUUCCUCUAUACUCCCUGAUUUCUUCUAAACUUGCAGGAAAACUAAAAAAGACCAACUGUCACAGCCCUUUUUUGGCUGGCAGAGCAAGGGAUGCUGUGGUUGCAUCCCUACUUGUAAGCUCGGCAGUGUCUACUGGCAUCGCCCCAACAACCUCAGUAAGGCUCUGGGGAUGACAAGGUCCAGCAGACAUUCCCAAUAAGCAAUAUGGAUGAGGCCACCUUGUUGGGAGGGAGUUUCUGCCAUAGACCUCCUGUUCCCAUCAGCCUCAAGGCCAGAGACCGUGCUGCGGCACUUUUAAUUUCCUAGUAGAGACAUAGCCUGACUCUCACUUGGUUGCCUGGUCAACCAGGUCAAACAAAACUCAGAAGUCCUCCAAAUUAAUCUUCGCUUCUGUUUCUUGCAGACCACAAGAAAGAGCUGAGUCCCAGCACUUGCUGCAGUGGUCUCAGGUUCCCAGCUGUAGAUUUGGAUUGGGAGUUGCCCAUUUUCCCUUCCUGGCUGGCAGGGCCCAGGUCCAGCCUGCAACAUCAUUGUUUCUCAGGUCUUGCUGGAGCCUCCUCUCUGGAAGAAGAACAGGCCACUCUGGGCGCUUCUAUACCUUUUGCGGGAGGGAACGAAGGCUCCGCUCCUAACCCCAGCCAGGGCAGCCCUUCUCCCCUGAGGGGAAAUGCCCCAUCUGCCAGGCACCAAACUCCCACCUGACCCCAAACUUGCUUCCCCUUCCUUCAUCCUCAGUGAAUUUCCACCCCUGUGGAGACGCAACGGUGGGAGCCAGCAGCAGCAGCAGCAGUAGAGGUGCCCGUGGGCAGCCCAGCUCUCCCAGACCACCCACACCAUCCACGGCAUUGAGCUCACGGCCCACUCUGCAGGCCAUGGCAGGAUCGUAGGGGAGGACCAGCAAACCCUCUUGCUGUGUUUGAAAGGGCAUCCUGGCAUGUGCCUGACAGAGCGCUGUGGACCAAGAUGUGUUUCCUAGCAAAAGAUCCCAUAAUCGUCUCCUCUGAUCAUCCCAGGACCUGGCUGAACCUCCUUCCCUGCCAUGGGACGCAUCGCGUGGCAUGCACGACACUCUUGAUAUAACCACCAUUAAAAGGUGGGCUUGGUUUGGUAGCCAGACCCUGUUCUCCACCCUUACGGAUUCUUUGGAGGUAAGUAUUGGUUGGGGGGGGAAAGGCCUUCCACUAGCGGGGUAGACCUCUCACCAUCACCUAUUUCCAAAUUAUCCCUGAGCAGGUCCCAGCUCAUCAGUACCAGGUAAGGCAGACCCAGACUUGACUAGGUUGUGGGCACAUCAGAGGAGAGGCUGGUGGCCCUGGGGUGGUCCAGCCCCCAUGGCUCCUCUCCCCUUGGUUGGAGUCCCUCCUCGCCCAUGGGUCCCUCCUCGUUGCAAGGCCUCCACCCAGUUGCUGACUGUGAUGCCAGGGAGUGGGAGAGGGGAUGAUGGAGGGGGGAGUAUACUGAGUGGCUCCUUCCGUCUUUGGGUUGUUGAUCCUUUUUUCUAACUGUUGCACAAUUUUAGGGCUUUUGUAACUUUUUUUGGACAAGCAGGGAAAAUAUGUUAACAGUGGUUUAAGAAAAAAAAGGAGAUCUCUCUAUAUAUAAUAUAUAUAUAAAAUAUAUAUACAUACAGGAAAUCUCUAUGGAAAUAUUUAUUUAAGAUGAUUGCAAAAAAUAUAUUAUAAUUAAGAAUAUAUCAAGCUUUGUCACAUAACAAAAAUCAGACCCCGGGGAGGGGGAAGCUGCCCGUCUCCUCGUGUCUGUGCCUCCAUAUGGCUGCAGCUGAAGCCUUUUUCUCUCUUUUGUAAGUGCACUCGAACUGUCGAGCAGUGUGACCGUGUUGGAUUCAUCGGGGGCUUGGGGGGGGGGGGGGAUUUUGUUUCCUUUUUCUUUGUUUUUGGAACCUGUGGCUGUGAACAGAAUGAUCACUGCUCUGAUCCAGCGCUACAUUUGGGGAGGGCGGUGGGGGGGCCGGGCGCGGGGUGGGCGCGGGAGGGAAGGGCGAGUGUCGGUUUUAUUCUUGGUGUUCAAGUGCAAUAAAUAGCUACAAACUUCUGA